ACGCGGGCGGCCGCGCACCGGCUGCGCGGGGCGACUCGCGAGGGCAGGUGGACGCGGCGGCGCUCGAGAUGAAGCAGCGGCGGCUUGAGGACGAGCACGAGGCGGUCGUGCACGAGUACUCGCUGCUCCUCACCGGGCAGCUCGAAGUGCAGCGGCAGCAUUUCGAGGCGCAGCUCGAGGCCGCCACCCGCGCGCACGCGGCCGUCGCCGCCGAGCUCGAGGCGUCCGUCGAGCGGCAGCGUGCCGAGCUGCGAGGGAGGGCAGAGCAGGUGGAGCGGAAGGCGCAUGCGCAGGCGAGGCGGAGCGCCGCGUCAGACGCGCUGCUCUCCAGCGUGCGCGGCGACCUCGCCUUCAACAAGCAGCUCAACGAGCAGCUCGUCGCCAACCAGGCAGAGUUUGCGGCGCAGGCCAAGGCGGCCGGCGAGCGGGAGGCGGCGCUGCAGGGCCAGGUGCGCGAGCUCGAGGAGCAGCUGCGCGACAUGUCCAUCCACCUCGAGGCGCAGAUGAAGAUGCUCGAAGUGCAGGCGGCCGAGGGCGGCGCGGCGGCCGAGCUCAACGGGGCGCACGUGAUGCCCGGGGAGCCGCCGCCCGCGCGGAAGGGGCGCCGCGGGAGGAAGGGGUAGAGGUGGAGAUGGUUCGUGAUGGCAGCGUGAGAUGUAGGUAGAUCUCGACCCCCAGAAUCUUUCGCGUUCU